UUCCAAACAAGAAGCAAAAAAUCAAAUUACUAAGCAGUCAUAACUGAACUUUCUUUAGUUAUUAGAUCCAACAAUAUGAACUAAAAGGGAUGUACGGAUAAUAAUUGUUACUUUUAUGGUUUAUUGCUUACUUGUGUCAUUUUAGAACAUUACAUACAGAAUUUUAUUCUGUCCAAAUUGAAAUGGAGUCCUUGGACCAGAAACUUAGAGAGUUGUCCAUUUUAAAAGAUGAAUCAUUAAAUAGAGCUCCGCCUGUUUGUGUUGAAAAUGAGUUGGUCGGCAGGUUCCGACAAAAGCGACCAUCGGUACCUCCAAAGCCACCGAAGAAAAACAAUGAAAUGCCGCAGGUUCCAUCAAGUAAGCAAGUUUGCUGCUCGCGGGAGCCGCUUUAUUCACAGCCUUUACUUGGAACGGAUAAAACAUUAGGUGGGUCCAUGCCUUUAAAAAAGCACAACAGCUCUGACUGCGGGCAUGAUGAAAUACAAAUUAAUUCAAAAGCGACAUUGGACAAUCCGGCAAUACUAGAACAGCAACUGGAAGCCCUGGCUUACCACAAACUCCAAAUGGAAAAAAAGGGUCUUUUGGGAGUACAGAUCAACCCAACAAAAUCUGCCCAAAACUUCAGAGAACUCCCAUUACGCACAUUGAGCAAAAGUUCAAUAUAUAGUAAUAUAAACUCUGUACCUAAUACAGAAAAAUCUGAGCUUUCAAGGGAAGUGACAGGCGUGUUGUCAAACACCUAUUCAAAUGUUCAUGAAACUGGCUCUAAGGACGUGGGGUCUUUCGCGAGUUCGUCUCAUAAAAUGCUCUCCGUAUGCACAAACUUAUUUUUAGAAAAUGAUACAGAAGAGGAUGAUGUGCCACCACCUCCUAGCCCUGAGAGUGCUGUGAGCUCUUCAUAUAGCGAGCUUCGGCGAGCCUCUACUGUUUUUAACAAACCAAUGGAUUCUUUACCUAAUAACCCGAAAUCAAGUUCUCCAUUACAAAUAUAUACAAACCAAUUUGCUCUGCAACAUGGUGCCAUUAACAAGAAUCCGCAGACCAAAACUAAUCCAAACUAUUAUUGCUACGGUGGGCUAUCUCAGAGCUCUUCAACUUAUGACUCGAUAUAUGAGCCUAUAAACCCUCGUCCGGCCGGAGAUUUGCUGCCUCGGGAAAGUUGUAAUCCGUAUGGUUCAUACGUUAAUGAUAAUAACAUCUCAAGCAGUUCCUGCAACUUAAAUAUUAAGAACUCGAUUGAAAGGGAACAGUUGUUAUAUGCGCAUGGUAAUGGCCGAACUAAAUGUUACGGUGAAAAAAAUACUCAUUUAAAUAAUGGGGACGGUAUUAGUAAUAACAUUUCAUUAGCCCCCGAUUCAGUUCAAGAAUUUGAAAACUAUGGCAGGUGUGUCAAAUGCAAUUCUCGUGUACUUGGAGAGAGUAGUGGAUGUACUGCAAUGGAUCAAAUAUACCAUAUAUCUUGCUUUACGUGCACAGACUGUCAAAUAAACUUGCAGGGAAAGCCAUUCUAUGCAUUGGACGGAAAACCAUAUUGUGAAUCAGAUUAUCUACAAACACUGGAAAAGUGUUCUGUUUGCAUGGAGCCCAUUUUGGAGAGAAUUCUCAGAGCUACCGGAAAGCCAUACCAUCCGCAAUGCUUCACAUGUGUUGUGUGUGGUAAAAGCUUAGAUGGACUAUUAUUUACUGUUGAUGCCACUAAUCAGAACUAUUGCAUAACAGAUUUUCAUAAAAAAUUCGCUCCUCGUUGUUGUGUCUGCAAAGAACCAAUUAUGCCAGAUCCAGGACAAGAAGAAACUGUCAGAGUAGUGGCAUUAGAUCGAAGUUUUCACCUUGAAUGCUACAAGUGCGAGGACUGUGGGCUUUUACUGUCAUCUGAAGCUGAAGGUCGAGGAUGUUAUCCCCUAGAUGAUCACGUUCUAUGUAAGAGCUGCAAUGCUCAACGUGUUCAGGUUUUAACAAAACGAAUGACUUCGGAACAUUAAAAACUGGCUGGCCAUCUAAUGUUAAUGAAAAAUUUGUUUUUUCCAUUGUAUACACUUACUCAAAGAGCAUUAAGCCAUUAGAAAAUGCGUUACAUCAAUUUGCA